AUGACAUCAACAAAUCAAUUCCAAAUUCCGAUCCUGAUCCCUGACGUGAGCGUCCACCCGGAGAGUCUGGUGGACUUCAUCUCGGAGCUGGGGAUCGCAGACGACAUCCAGGUCCUGGUGCUCCACAAGCAACAGCCUGCCCCCUGCCUCUCUGUCCUCGUCAAGAUGCCCAUCAGCGAGAUUGCCGCCGUGUGA